AUGUCAUCAUACUUCUUCUCCUAUCCGUUCUUCUACCUCGUGCCCUCGUGCCCGUCCCUGUCCUCUCGCUCUCUCUAUUCCUUCGUCCAUCUUCAUCCAUCUUCGCAUCGUCGAUACCAGAUGGCCAUGCGCCCCUUCAACGUCUACGUCCACCCGGACUUCUCCUACCAACCAUACGAAGCAUACCACGGCUCAAACCACAAACCUUCACGACGAAUUGCACUCGCGCUGGUGUUGAUUAGUGCCGGCGCUGCGAUUGCUACCGAUUUUGGGGAUGGUGGGAUUGGAGGGUGUCGUGCCGUUGUAGAGUUUGCGAGCGUGUUUGGUGGAGGAAAGUGUUGGAUGUGGAUGUGGGCUUUGAUCAGACUCGGACUCGGACUCGGACUCGGACUCGGACUCGGACUCGGACUCGGUCCCGGACUUCAUAAUUGUCUGGUGAUAGACAAUGACGUUAAAUACAUACAUACCGCGAGCAAGCAUGACGAAUUACUGAGACGCGUCGGACACGGACUCGGACAUUCUUAUCAAGCUAGACCCAUCAAUCCACCACCACCAUCGAUAGCACAGCGCCACCGGCAUGUAACACCUCAUUCAUACGUUAACCUCAUUCGUAUAUGCGGAUGCGCUUGCGUUGCAUUGCAUACGUGUUUCGUCCGUCCUUCCGGAGCUUGUAGUAGUCAUUUGUUCCGUGUCGUGUGA